AUGAAUAAGAUCCCCAUGCUCAAAGCAAUCCUGGCGGCCGCUACCAAGCCAGUGCACCUGGUGGCUACGACCUGGUCUCCUCCGGCCUGGAUGAAGACCAACGACCAGUAUACAGGCUUCAGCCGGUUGAAGCCAGAGUAUUAUCAGACUUAUGCUGAUUACCAUGUAAAGUUUCUAGAGAAAUAUACUGCCGAAGGGAUACCCAUCUGGGGUAUAACGACUACAAACGAGCCGAUCAACGGAGUGUUCAACUUGGCCUCCUUCAACUCUCUUGGCUGGUCCCCGAGUGAUAUGGGAAGUUGGAUAGUGAAUAACUUGGGACCAACGAUACGGAAUUCCACCUUCAAAGAUCUGAAGAUCAUCACUCUGGAUGACCAGCGAGUCACCAUUCCCGUUUGGUUUAAUUUGAUGAUAAAGAAGUAUCCAGAAGCUCUUCAAUACAUAGACGGAGUGGGAGUCCACUACUACACAGACAAAUUCGUCCCCGCGUCGGUUUUGUCCCUGAUUUCCAAUUCUCACCCGGACAAGUUCAUACUGGCAACUGAAGCUUGUGAAGGUUCAAUGCCAUGGCAAACCGAGAAAGUGAUCUUGGGCUCCUGGACCAGAGCAAAAAGCUAUAUCGUUGACAUCAUUGCGGAUCUGAACCACAACGUGAUCGGCUGGAUAGACUGGAACCUCUGCCUGAACGACCAAGGAGGCCCCAACUGGGUGAAGAACUACGUAGACUCCCCGAUCAUCGUCUACCCUGAGAAGAACGAGUUCAUAAAGCAGCCCAUGUACUACGCUAUGGGGCACUUCUCCAAAUUCGUGCCGAGGGGCUCCAGAAGAAUUAAGUCUACGGAGAAGAAGUCGCUUCUGUCAUCUUCUUUGGACAAUGUGGCUUUCAUCACGCCGUACAAUACAGUAGUCGUCGUCGUUCAUAAUGGUGGGGGACAGAGAGAUAUCUGCAUAAAAUUGGGCAAAACAAAGGCCACGGUGUCAUUAGCGAGCAAAUCUGUGGUCACCGUGGAAUUCCCCAUAGAACAAUAACGAAGAACGGACAUGUAUUUUAUUAUAAUUUAUAUAAAUGAUGGUAACAUGACUGUAAAAGUUACGAGACCGGUUAUUUAUUUAAUAAAAAUUUUGUUACUUAAAAUCUAC